CUAUGUUUACAUCGGGCACCUGUGGAAGGACCAGGUUAAUGGAGCGAUGAUCUUCUGAAAGGAGAUGGGUAACUUACAUCUAAGAGGCAGUUACCAUAGCAACAAGGAUGAGGACAAAUGCAGUGCAGAUUUCCACAAGAGAAUUCUGUCAGCCAAAUCUGGCCAGCUGCUUCACACUUGUUCCUUUGGAAAGUGGAUUCGCCAUCGCAGAAAGAUUUGUGGAUUCACGGGGAAGACAGACUUCAGCACCCUGCGAGAAGCUCACCGACGAAGCGGGAUCCUCGUGAAGCCGGACACGACGGAUGGCAGAUACUUCGCUGUGAGCUGGAAGAGUAAAUCAGAGAUCGUGAUUCUUGAGAAGCUAGCGUGGUGGGUGGGGUCUGUGAAGGUUCCGCGAGUCCCUGUUCCAGACACGGAGGACCCCAACUGGUUCCGUCAUGCUCAACAUAAUCGUACACGGAAGGAGUGCAGUGUGGUGGGCUACAGAAAUGGCCUGGCUGUAGUCCAGAUUAACUGUGAUAGACAUUUCACCAUUGCAAAAUUCUAUAUAUUAGAUUUGUUUCAGAAGACAUGUGUCGGCCAUUUUGUGGUGAUGUAUCAUACGCGGCGUUGGUACGAGUGCUACAUAUCUCCAAACAAGCGGAGAAUCAUGUUGCGACCGGACCACUUGACUCGGGUUGUCGUCCUGCCUGACAGCUAUGUCAUACAGAACCUCACCCUAUUCGUAGGUCCGUCCGAGUCUCCAGUCGUAGCCGCUAUUCCCCCAGCCUUCAGAACGCAUGCCCUCACAUACAACACUAAACUAGGUGAUGACUUUGUUAUUCUAGGGGCUGAUCAAGACAUUGAAAUAAGGAAACUCCCAGAUUGGUCUUUGGAAAAACAUGUUCCAAAUCUUAAUAUUUCGGCAAGCAUUCACCAGAUACGAUCAAGUCCCACAGGGGAUUUCAUCGCUAUUCGUUACGUCCAUCCUAUUCACAGUCGAGAAUAUAGUACAAACUUUGUUGCGGUUCUCAGUUACCCCAAGCUUGAUAUUGUGAUGAGGGUGGAUGUUCGUGGUUGUUAUUGGCCAGUGUCGGAGGUCAUCAAUCUGCAGGUGUUCCCCCGAUUCUCCCCCAGCGAGUCCUGUAUUGCUGUGAUGCGCAACUGCAGCUACAAGCGGAAGGUGUUUGUGUACAAGCUGCCCCCAGUCCAGUCAUCCCUCCAACACCUAUGUCGCAGGACGGUCCUCCAACUAGUCCCCCUCAAGGACACGGAGAAACUGCCACUACCGAACAAACUCCUGGACUACCUACAGUUCCGGGAAAAGACAACAGCCGGUGCCUUCUAGCACACUCAUGGACUCGUGUAGACUCACAUGUCCUCUCAUGGACUCGUGUAGACUCACAUGUCCUCUCAUGGACUCAUGUAGACUCACAUGUCCUCUCAUGGACUCCAUUUACGUUCAUCAAGGAAUCAAGGAAUGAAAUGGACUGUUAUGGACCCUUACUGCCUGACAUGGACCCUCAUGUACUCCAUUUACGUUCAUCAAGGAAUCAAGGAAUCAAAUGGACUGUUAUGGACCCUUACUGCCUGACAUGGACCCUCAUGUACUCCAUUUACGUUCAUCAAGGAAUCAAGGAAUCAAAUGGACUGUUAUGGACCCUUACUGCCUGACAUGGACCCUCAUGUACUCCAUUUACGUUCAUCAAGGAAUCAAGGAAUGAAAUGGACUGUUAUGGACCCUUACUGCCUGACAUGGACCCUCAUGUACUCCAUUUACGUUCAUCAAGGAAUCAAGGAAUCAAAUGGACUGUUAUGGACCCUUACUGCCUGACAUGGACCCUCAUGUACUCCAUUUACGUUCAUCAAGGAAUCAAGGAAUCAAAUGGACUGUUAUGGACCCUUACUGCCUGACAUGGACCCUCAUGUACUCCACUUACGUUCAUCAAGGAAUCAAGGAAUCAAAUGGACUGUUAUGGACCCUUACUGCCUGACAUGGACCCUCAUGUACUCCAUUUACGUUCAUCAAGGAAUCAAGGAAUCAAAUGGACUGUUAUGGACCCUUACUGCCUGACAUGGACCCUCAUGUACUCCAUUUACGUUCAUCAAGGAAUCAAGGAAUCAAAUGGACUGUUAUGGACCCUUACUGCCUGACAUGGACCCUCAUGUACUCCACUUACGUUCAUCAAGGAAUCAAGGAAUCAAAUGGACUGUUAUGGACCCUUACUGCUUCACAUGGACCCUCAUGUACCCCACUUACGUUCAUCAAGGAAUCAAGGAAUCAAAUGGACUGUUAUGGACCCUUACUGCCUCACAUGGACCCUCAGGGUCUUUUGCAGGUUCUUUUGGACUCACAUGGUCUCUCAAAUACUUUUUACAUAUAUCAUCUAUUAUGAUGGACAUGAAAUGAAGUAUAAAAGAAUGAUACUAAAAUGUUAGCUAUCAUGAUAAUACCCUUAUUGGGGAUUGUUUUUAUUCCAGUGUGGGUCUUUUUGCCAGCAAUAACAUUUGCUGUAGAUUUGGGCCUCAAUACAGUGUCCGAUUAAUCUGAGAACAAGUAGAUAAAUCCCUGUUUUAUCCUAAGGGUGUCUGUAUUUGUUUGUGUUUCCGAUGUGAAAUGAUAAAAAUUUCUUAUAUCAAUUUUCCCUGCUGCUGUGAAAGUUUAUGCCCGGAUGUUAUAAAAAGCUGCUCCUACCAUUGCGCAUUAAGUGAAAAAACAUGUCAGCUGCAUAUUUCUUCAGCUUUAUUCAUUUAAAAUUGGUUUACAAGGCAAAGUCUCUCAUCUGCGCCAUAAAUUAAUAUAAAGACUUUUAGCAAGUGUUCUUAACUUCAAAAUGUCAUAAGAUAUGUUACACAAUUCAAGAAAAACAGUUUUUUAAAUUUUUGUCCCCACCCACCCACUCUCUUGCUGGUUGAGGUUGGAGAUGAGAACACAUAAACAAAUAUGAAUGGCCUAAGAUGAAGAGGAAGAAAUUUAUGAGUGAUUAGGCAGAUUUGAGAAAAAAAAUUCAUGAUAUUUCUAGUCAUGUGGCUUGUAGGAUGUACCAUAUACUGAUACAGUGGUUAAUUGGAAUACAGGAGAAUUGUUUUCCAGUACAAUACAUGCUGAACAUUAAAUUAUGUUUUAACAAAAGAAUGUGGAAUAUAAACAAGGUACAAGAAGGGAACAAAACUGAUCAAAACAAUAAGCAAUACAAAAUAUUCAUCUUAGCAUAUUUCCUGAUUAUAUUUUCUAUAUUUACAAUACAAUGUUAACGUGCAAUAUUUGUAUUACUAAACAAACAAGGGCCUGAGGGGACGGAUUCAUAAGAUGUCAAGAGAUAGUUCAAUCUCAUGAAAAUCAGAUCUUCGUUCUGGCUACUGAUAAAACAAUGAUCUGAGGACAUCCCAUUACGGGUCACGUCAGGCCGACC